AUGGGCAGCGAUGCAGAGAAGCGGCCGAAAAAGUUGUCUGACGCUGCAUCUUCCACCGCCACGGCCAGAAUACUGGACUUCGCCGGCCGCGGCAAGAAAUUCGGCGGCGGUCGCGGUGGCGGCUCGUCACGACCCCGCGGCGAGGGACCAGACGAUGAGGGCGGUCGCACAAAGCCUCAAUUCAAAGCUGCCUGCUGGGACCUUGGCCACUGCGACCCGAAACGAUGCUCGGGAAAGAAACUGAUGAGGCUGGGAAUGAUGCGAGACCUGCACAUGGGACAACGGCACAACGGCGUCAUCAUCACGCCCAACGGCAAGCAGGUCGUGGCGCCCGACGACCGCGAGCUCAUGGACCAGUACGGCGCCGCCGUCGUCGAGUGUUCGUGGGCGCGCACGCAAGAGGUCCAAUGGAACAAGGUUGGGGGCAAGUGCGAGCGACUGCUGCCGUACCUCGUCGCGGCCAACACGGUCAACUACGGCAAGCCCUGGCGACUCAACUGCGUCGAGGCGCUGGCCGCAGCCUUUUACAUUUGCGGUCACGCGGAUUGGGCGGAGCAGAUUCUCGAGCCAUUCUCAUACGGUGAAUCGUUUCUAGAGAUUAAUCAGACGCUCCUGAAAAAGUAUGCGGCCUGUACCGACGCGGCGAGUGUCAAGAAGGCGGAAGAGGAUUGGAUGGCGCAGCUGGAGCGCGAGUACACCGAGAGCAGAGAGACAAACGACGAUAUGUGGACCAGCGGCAAUACAAAUCAUCGACCGCUGGAUUCAUCGGACGACAAUGACGAAGACGACGAAGACGAUGAGGAGGCAGAUGCGGAAGAAGGAAGCGUAGACGGAAUAUACCUAGGAAAGCGCACGCAGGAGGCACACGAAGAGGAAGAGGACAAGGACCCCUUUGCCAUUUCCGACGACAGUGAUGAUGGCCUGGCCAUGGAGGAGAUCCGCCGCAAGGUGCUAGCGUCAAAGACAUUCGCCAACCCCAAGGAAGAGGAAGACCUCAAGGCCAAGCCAGCGACGAUAGCCCGCCCGCAGCAGCUUGCCGAGCAGAAUGUUGAGCCCGACUCGGACAAUGGCGAUGGCGAAGACGCCAGCGACGACGAGUUUGACAACAUCAUCGACGCGACGCCGGUGACCGACCGGAUAGGUCUGUCCAAGCUGGAGAAGGAGCGGUCACAGGCGGCCAUCACGACCAAGACGUUUUCGUCGAAUAUAGUGUCCGCGCCGAAUCGGUGGUAA